CACUCGUGAAGUCCUCGACUUCUCCGACCGCACACCGCCACGUGACGUUGAACUUCCCCUCGUGCGGCCUCGUGCCACUUCUAUAUCUCGCCACCACAGGCCACAUAACUCGAAAACAUUUUUAUACCCUUCUAUAUAUAAAAUUUAUUAUUUAUUAUUUAAUUGUUAUUUUAUCUUUGGGUCCUCGAGCUGGGCGUGCUCAGCUUCUCUCUCACUUCACAAAAUUGGGAAAAACACUAUUACUCACCAAAAGCAAUUAAGAAGCAGUAGUGUUUUUCAGAUCGCUGGAGCUCGACAUGGCGGCAGCGGCGGAGUUGAAGUGGCGGGGACCGGUUUUCGCACUCGUCAUCCUAGUUGCCCUAAUCUGCACUCGGAUCAAAGCUGACGUUGACGCCGAUGCUGAGGUGGAGUUAGUCAGAUCGGACAAUCCUGAUUUUUCCGUUGAAUUGGAAAGUCUCAAGACUAUGAUCCAUACUUUGGAAUCACAAGUUGAGGAGAAGGCUCGGGAAUUAAAUUUAAAGGAUCAGGUGAUCGCUGAGAAGGAGAAUAUCAUAAAGGAGAAAUCAGAUAAAAUUGCCUCAUUGCAAACUGAAUUUUCUUCUUUACAGAAAAAGGGGUCAUUGGAUGCUCGUGAGCAGGUUGGAAAAGCACAGGCACGAGCUGAUCUUUUAGAAAAAGAGGUUGACAGUCUUAGAAAGGACAUUGAGUGGAAGAGUGAGGAGAAUAAAGAACUUGAAGCCCAAAAAAUUGUAGCAGAGAAGGAAUUGACUGAAUUGAAUACAAAAAUAUUCAAAUUUCAGAAGAUCACUGAAGAGCAGACUGCAAAAAUACAAAAAACUGAGCGGGCUCUUCAAGUUGCUGAGGAGGAAAUGAUGAGAGCACGAUUUGAUGCCACAACAAAAACUAAAGAGUUAAUGGAGGUGCACAGUGCAUGGCUUCCACCCUGGCUUGCAGUUCACUUGAUACACUACCAGGCAAUUUUGGAGAAGCACUGGGAGGAACAUGUAAAACCUGCUAUGGAUGUAGUGCUUCAAAAGGCCAUUGUGAGAAAGGCUCAGGCUGAAGCAUGGGCUGCGCCACACAUGGAAAAAAUCAGAACUAAAUGGGUUCCAACUGUGAAAGAACAAUGGCUUAUAGCUACCACCAAUGUUGAACCACAUCUUCACUCUCUAAAGACAAAAACUAUUGAAAUUUAUGCAUCGUCUAAGGAUGCUGUAACACCACAUGUACUCAAGGUUCAGGAAAUUGCAGAUCCUUAUUUUCAGCAAAUUAGGAAAUUCAGCAAGCCAUACAUUGACCAGAUAGCCACUACCACAAGACCUCAUGUAGAAAAAGUACGUGUGGUCAUAAAGCCUUAUACAAAGAAGGCAGUUCAUGCUUAUGGAAAAUUCCUAGAAUCUGCAACUACAUACCAUCAUCAGCUUCAAGGCACUGUCCAAGAAACACUGAAGAAACAUGAGCUUACAAGGCCUCUUGCAACAAAGGAGCUUAUCUGGUUUGCUGCCUCUGCUUUACUGGCUUUGCCAAUCAUAAUUCUAUUUAAAGUUUUCUCCGCCAUUUUCCGUACGAAGGCCAAGCCAUCCAACAGAAGUAGUAGCUCACACCAUUCACGUCGUAGGGCAAAGCGCGGACAUCCAGAGAAAUAGUUGUGAAGCUUGAAACUUUUAGGAACAUGAUGGCUGUUUAAAAGUCACACAGAUAGGUUACGCAAAUACCAUGGUCUGUGGAGCCCCUAGUAAUUCUUUUGUUGUUCUGAGGUGUUUUGAUUGUGUCAACUCAUUGGUGUGUAUAAUUCCUGGAUAGUAUCACAUGGCGGAUGGUUUUGGAGAAUUAUGUAUCAUCACAUCAUAUUUUACUUUCUUUCUCUGGGUAGUUUGAGCCACAGACGGGGAUGUUCAUAUUCAGAGUAAUGUGGUAUGUAUUAUUGUUGACCACGGGGCAUGUAGAAAUGAGCAUGGUAGUUAUUGCUAUGAAUUAUUCGUUUUGGUUUUUUG